CCGCCCGGAGCCCGCCGUCCCGCUGCCGCGGCGCCAUGUCUGCCGAGAGCCCCGAGCCCGCCUCGGCCGAGGAGCAGAAGGAAAUGGAGGAUAAGGUGAUCAGCCCAGAAAAAGCUGAAGAAGCAAAAUUGAAAGCAAGAUAUCCUCAUCUGGGCCAGAAGCCAGGAGGCUCAGACUUCUUGAGGAAGAGGCUUCAAAAAGGACAAAAAUACUUUGAUUCUGGUGACUACAACAUGGCUAAGGCAAAGAUGAAGAAUAAACAACUGCCUACUGCAGCUCCUGACAAGACAGAAGUCACUGGUGACCAUAUUCCUACUCCACAGGAUCUCCCACAGCGGAAACCAUCUCUUGUUGCUAGCAAGCUGGCUGGCUGACGAGAACAGCUGAACUGCAUGAUAAUUCUCAUUCCCGUUAUUUCUCCUUAAUAGUUAUUUCUCACCCUCACAUCCCCCUUUUUCUUUCUUACACUAAAUCAUGAGACUGACAGCUUUGCAGGUAGCGAUAGCAUGUGCUGCUAUUGUAAGGGAGUACUGUUAAGAGUAAAACGUGUAGUAUUUGGACUAGUUGAGAACAAUGCACUGAUUAAAAAAGGACAAGUUUGGUUAGAGCAAUGUAAUCUACUUGAAAAUGUACAUAUUGCCCAUUUCCUAGUGUAGGACUGGUUCCAGCAAGUGACAUCGCAAGUUUUACAACUUUUAAUGUUUCUGCUUUUGUUAUUUCACCUUAAUUACAGCAUAUUUGUAUUUAAUAUAACCUCCAGUUGUGUUGGUUUUUUUUUGUGUUUGGGUUUGUUGUCUAAAAUAGAGGUUUAGACCACAAGUUGCUAGAUGGUAAAGCAUGUAUAAAAACAAAGACAGGGCUCUGAUUGAAUUUUGUUUCUGCUCUUGAACUUGAACGGCCUUAAACCUGUUUCAGCUUUAACAAUAGAGUUUUUACUUGGGCAAUAUUUGCCCAUUCUGGUGUAACUCUUGUGAAUCUAGUGCUUAUUGACAACUGCCUGUUGAAGCUGGUAUCCUUUUCAGUUCCGUAGCUUAGAACACACUUUUGUUGAAGAUGUGAAUGAAGUGUGCAUGUGCAUAGACUGUUGAAUUCACUCUUGUGCCAUUUUUGUAAAUACAAUAGUUUUGCACAACCUUUUGCAAAUGUCUAUUAAUUUUACAUUUUAAGAAGCAGAUAAUGUGCCAAUCAAAGCACAAGUGAUUCUGUAUCUUUCAAAGUCUUGGCCUGAAACUAAGAGCCCAGAAUCUUGCUACUGAAAGUAAAAAUUGUGUACCUGGAAUUUGUGAAACCCCUAGGCUUACACUUGCCUCAGCCUUAUGCUUUUGCAGUUGUAUAUUUUGUUUUGCAACAAUGUCCAGCAUUCAGUUAUAAAUCUGAAAUUUGUACCUAUAUUUAAAGGCAGGUGCCCUUUCUGUUCAGCAGCUCUUUAAGCUUUUAAAGGUGAAAUGCUCAAUGGUAUGACAUGGAAAAUAGCUAAAUGUACUGUUCUAGAGAGUUUCCCUUGUGGCGAACUCCAAAUCUAGGCUUGCUAAGGUUUGAUACGCAAUUGUCGUUGUACUAUUUUAGACUUCUGGAAGUGAAAGGGUAUAAUUCUUUUUCUUGAACUCCUGAAGUGGCAGUAAACUAACUCCUUUUUUUCUGUUAUACAGCAGCCCCUCAUUGGUUUUGGGAAGCGAAAGGAACUGGAACUGGUAUUUUUAUAAUGAUCUACUGAGAGACAGGGAAUUCUUCAUGUCAGGAAAUAGGAACAAACUUCAGUUCAUCUGUAUGGUGCAGGCUGUGAGUACUAGAUUGCCAGAAUACACAGUUGAUACUAGAUGGGUAACCCGAGGAAUUUAAGAGCAUGAUUUGUUCAGUGAAAUCGGAUAUAUUCAGUAUGAUCCAUAAUGUAAUUGAUUUUAAUACAAGCAAUCAUGGCCUUGAUGUUCUUUGGGAGUGUAAGAAACCCUUUAAAAAUAUUAGCAUACUCUUUUCUUAAACGGUUCUAUUAAAACACUAUGAAAAGCAAAGAACCAAUGCAGGCAUUGUAAGAGAAACCACUUUGGAAGAUGCAUGUUUUUAGAAGGAAGCACUUUGUAUUGAUAUAUUCAGAAAUGUCUUAAGGAAUAAAUAUCUGCUAGUUGAAAAGAAGACUGGCCCAUGUUUUCUGCAAUGCUCUUUUCUGAAGGAAAACUCAAAAAAAAAAUGAUCAAGAUGAGAUGAAGAAUCUUAACUUGGCCCUGCUUUGGUUAGAAUGGGCGGAAACUCUGUUAUAAUGUGCAUUCUUCAGUUUAGAGAAUUCAUUCCAGAGAACUUUUUAAAUUGCUAACCUGGCUCUUUGCAAGUCUUUAUAGCCCUUUUCAAGUAAAUAUGGACAACCUUGUGAGAGCCCUUUUAUUCCUUAUCAUCCACUAAUGCUAUAAACGAGUUGCGAUUUUUCACAGAAUAGUUUGAAUUAGACCGAUUUUUUUUUAAGUAAGAAAUUAGGCUGGGAAAAUAACAAGGAAGCUGGAUAUAUUAAAGCAAACUGCUUUCUAUAGUCGUUAGUUCUAAUGUGAAAAUCCCUCUUUAUUUUUGUAUGUGUAAAUGAAAUUUGAAAAAACGAUAGGAUUGGGCCUGGAACAAAUAUUGAACAGUUGAAGGUGACUUGCUUUGUAUUGUCUGGUUCCACUAUUUUGUAGCUCACGUAUGGUGAGUUUUUUGAUGCUUGAGAUUUAAAAAAAAGCCAUUUAAAUUUAAACAUUCCCCUCAUUUAGCUGCAACUCAGCUUGUCCUGCUGGUUAGAUAAUGCAAGCUUUUUUGAUGUUCAUUCAGUGACUUGCAGUUCUUAAGGUUAUUACAGAUUCAGCUACCAAUGUAUUAUCCAUGUGUAUACUUAAAGUACUGUAAUCCUAACUAGGUCAGUGACUGGUUAUGAGCCUUCACAUCUGACAGACCUCAGCAGCAGGCACAGCGAUUUUGAUUCUAUACACUGUUUGAAACUUAGGAAGUCCAAUAAUCACGUAACAGUAAAACAAAGGUGACUGCAAAUUGAUACUAACUUUCAGCUUACUCCAGCAAGAUAACUCAGCUAUCCAAACUUAUGUACAUAAUGUAUUAUAUAAGUUUUACCAUUUGAUAAUGAUCUUUUUCAAAGAAGACCUGCCCACACUGUAGACUGGCAGUCCCUUUCAUAUCUUGCCUUUAAAGAUAGACAGUGUUUAGUUAUUAGACUAGUAUUCAUGUAGGCUUAUGAUAGCAGAUAGCACCAACAUUUUAUUCAAAAUAGUUAAAAGCGAAUGAAUUCCAACUUCACGGAUAUGUCCCCAAAUCUGUAGUACCAAAGGCUUCCCUCUCAUUGUUCUUGACGUAGUAGGACAGUGUUUGUGUAAAAGCCACAGGAGUACAUUUUGUUGGACAUAUUUACACCCAGUUGAGAUGUUAAGGUGAUGAAAAUGUCAAUUGUUCUUUGCAAACUUACACAUUGUAUAGUAUACAGAAUAAAUUGAUCUACUUAGUUUUUAUUGCAAUGUGGA